AUGGGGAGCGAGACCGUGCGGAACAAACGUGGGCGUACCCCCCUCGACGUUGUCGGUGCGACCCGAACCGACAACCCUCAUUGCUCGCCCGACGAGGUGGACCGCGCUUGGCUGCUACUGGUUCGGGCCCCAGCGGACAGGCGGUGGCGUCGCCAGGGCUGGCUGGUGGUUCUCCGAUCGCGCACCAUCGUUGUUGCCCACAGAUGCGCUAGGGGAGCGUCGGAUAGCGGCUUGUCUCUGUGUCAAGGAAGAAGCAAUGGCAAGGGGGCCAGAAAAGACGUUGCAGAGAGCUCGAGCGGUGUGGUGGAGUUGCCGACGGAACUGGAGCCGGAAGCCGUGUUUCGCUCUAUCUUAAGGUUUUUGUGA